AUGGGUCAUAACCUGAAGACAUUCAAAAGUGCAGAGUUCAUUGAUGACUCUGAUAGCUUGGAUGAUGAUGGCAGCAUCCUUGACAUCUCAUUGACAUCUUCCAAUUCCAAUAGCUCAGGGUCAUCGACAGCAUUUGUAUUUGACACAAGCAUUUUCAAUUUCAAUACUCAAGACAGUAUAGAUCAUGAACUAGAUGCCAUGGCUGCUCUGCCUCCAGCUGUAGAGCCUAUUCCAGUUGCAGAGCCUCUUCAAGCACCUAAAGUCAAGUCAAAAAAGAAAAAAUCUAAGCAACCUCGACCUGUGACUCCCCCUCCCAAUGAGCCAGAGGUUAUACCUGCUCAAGUGGCUCCACUGUGUAUCAAGGCAACAUACAGCAUCACAAUUCUGCCGCACAGUGAGCUCAAGAAAGGUGAUAUCAAGAAAUGUGUUGGCACAGCAACCAUUCUCAGCCUUUAUCUUGAUGAGCCUUUUGACACAUUCAAGGCACAAGUUCUUCAAAAGAUCAAAAAAGAGACCAAUCCAACCAUCUUGUCCUUUGAAAACUACAAGACUUUCUUUACCAUUGUUCACAUUGCUCCGCAGCCAACCUCACUUGCAGAUGAAGAUGAUUAUCAAGAGCUCAUCAAAUGUCUGCAGCAAAUGAGCACACCUGCUGCCACUAUUUAUAUCCAAGAGCUUUUGGCUGUGAAAAAGCACAAGGACUGGCCAUCAGACAAGGAGAACAAUAGAGAAAUAAAUGAGGAUAACAAUCAUAGCAGCUCAGAAUCAAGUGAUGACAGUAAGAAGAGGAACAAGAAGAAGAAGAAAACAAAGGCACCAAAGGCUGCUGACAUAGACAAAGAGAUGAAAUCAAUCAACAAGAACAUCAAGGCAUUAUUGGAUCGCAACAAUGGAUCUCAUGUCCAUCUGACAUUUCCCCUUCUCGAAUGCUGGGUAGCUGCAAUGGAAAAAGGGCCAGAGUAUGCCACUCUUGAGAUGCCUCCUAACCAUUCUUCCUUCGGCGUGAUUUCUUCCAACUCUCUUGGGUGGCCCUCACUUCUUUCUGUCUGCCACCAACAGCUUGAUGAACAAUCCAAGAAAGCCACUCAGGCUGAGGCUGUACCUGUCACACCAGCACCAGCACAAGCUAUGCCCAUUAUCAACAUCAAUUUUCCUCCUGAAAUGUUCCAAGCUAUAUGUGCAGCAUCUGACUCACAACCUGUCCAUCAUGCACCAGUCCCUGCCUUGCUUCUGCCUGCUGUAUUACCACCUGCUGUUCCAGCCUCUCUCAGCUCUUUGCUCUUGUCGACACAGCUUGCUUCCCUUGGACCAAGAAUGAACCUAACAGACUUUUGCUCUGCUUAUGAACUUUCACAAAUUCUUCAGUCAAAACUUUCCAAUCAUGGUUUCAUGUCAUCACAUGCCCUUCGUUAUGUCACUGUCGAUGAUUCGCAAAAGGUGGGCUUGCUUUGUGGAGAGCUUGCUGAGCUCAAGGAUGCAGUUGCCCAUUGGUGUGGUGAAUAG